GUCGUAACGUGCAAUAUCAUGUUCAGAUGACAAAGCAGACCUUAUAUUAUCGUCAGUCCUCUUGAAUGUUCAUUCAAGAGGACUGACAAAGAAUAGACUAAUUAUUAGGACUUAAGCUUUGGGCGCUCAGAUUGAAAUAGGAGCGCCCAUUGAAAAAAAUUGACACUCACUGGAGAGCGCUCAUUGGAAAGAUCGAAUCAUUACAGAUUUAUCAGUAUGGCGUAGAUAACGGUUUUAAACUGCAGUUGUAUCUGAGGGCUAUGGGUCACGUAAGGUCAAUUUUCAUUCAAUAAUUUUUUCUGCAGAGUUUGAUAUAUGUUAAUGCAAAAAUGUAAAAUGUAACUGGAAUUAGCAGUUACAAACACAGAUAUGGCUACUCGUGCACUGUUUCCAGAUCGAAUUGGAAUUAAAAAAGUGAGGACACAGAUAUCAAUAUUUUAACACUCAAAAUCUACGUCAUCAUAGGUGUUGAUGUGCUUGGUGAUAAAAAGAAAACAAGGGAUUCAUGGGAUAUGGGUUUCAAAGGAGAUUACAUGGACUUCCAAAACAACCCAUCUUUACAAAGCGUCAUAGCGGACACCAGAGUUGAAUUUGCGGCUGAAGUAAAGAAGUACUGCAGAGAUGGGAAGGAACAAGAUCGCAUCCUCGUUCUGACCGCGAGUUGUUUAUACGUCAUCGGCCAGUUGAAAAGCAAAUAUAAACCUGGAGACAACGCUUUCACGGUCAAACGAAAGCUAAAGAUGGCCGAUAUAUAUUCAGUGACAGUUAGCCCCAAUGAUGACUCUUUCUUUGUGCUUCAUGCCAAGGAAUAUGACAAUAUCUUCGAUUGCAAGAUGCUUCCAGAAGCUCUGAACAGAUUAGCGGUUGUGUUUCAACUGGAACGAAACUCUGAACUAAAGCUGAAUGUGACUGAGAAAGUCGAUUGUCAGAUCAAAGGAGGAGCUAUCCGCCAUGUUCAUUUCUCAACAACAGGGAGCUCUAAAUUAAAAACCUCGCCAUCGAAAAAGACUUUUACCAUUGCUGCAAACGUAGGUGAGUUUAAUGUUAGUAUUCCCGGAUUGAGUGGUGAAAGACGUGCGAGCAUUAGUCUGUUUGCCGACAAAGUCGCGCGGAGACUCAGCACUACAUACAGUGUUGACGUACCAGAUCCAAGCUCAUUUACGGCAGUCGCCAAGGCAAUAUUCGGCCCCUCUGGAGGAGGUGUGCAAUGCAAAGGAGUGUUUGUGGACCUUCCAGAGGGAUCCCUGACGUCACAAACCAAAGAGGUCUGUAUUCAGCUGUGUAAGGCCAAAACAGAAGUUGUUCCACUUGGUGACACGGAGACGAUUAUCAGCCACUUAGUCGAAAUAAGCCCUCAUGGAAAACCCCUUUCGAAGCAUGCAGUACUAAGUUUGCCAACCAAAGAAGCACCGAAGGUUGGAUAUGAACAGUUUCUUCGAUGGACUCCAACUCAAUCAGGAGUGAAAGCUAGCUGGAGUGACGUCUAUGCCUGCGGCAAUCAGAACCCUUGUGACGGAAAUCAAACUACUGUUGAAUUGAGCGAAGGGAAGGCAAGAGUGAACACCAUAGAAUUCGGAAUAUUUUGCAUUAUCUCCAGAGAAUCAAACGAGGAACAUGAGCCACUGAGAGAACGCAGCACUAGCGAUGCUAUAAGAGAAUUUAGUGGUGACGUCAGUACAGCCAAUGAACAUGACUUUCAGAGUGCUUAUAGUCUACUUAGUUCUCAAGGUGAUCAGACAGUUGAGGUAAAUAUUUCUGAUACUUACAGCACACCUGGCACAGUGAACGAUGACCCGUACACCACAAGCUCUCAUCAUAUGGAAAAGGACCGGCAUUCUACCGACAUAGGAAAAUCAUUUAGGCGGCGAAUUAGCCAUAAGUUCAAGAGAAGCGAUAAAAGUAAAGGAAACCUCAUCGCUCAAACAGAAUCUAAUGUUCUAAAUUCUGAGAGCAGCACUAUUCCACCUUCUCCUCUUAAUCCUCCCGAGCCGCCAGCUCCUCACUUUUCUGCUUCACCUCCACCGCCUUCUCCAUCUGAUCCAGCGCCAACCUCUCCUUCAUCUGACAUGCUGCCACCGCCACCUCCACCUCCUCCUCCUCCAGCACCUAGUUCAUCUGCUCCAGCUUCAGGGGAAGACAAUUCAUUUGCCGCCAUGUUACAGGCACGCAAGAAAAAUAUCAUUGGUUGAAAAUGUAUUAAUUGCCUAAUAAGAACACGUUUAGAUUUGGACUAGCGAAGCAUUGUCUGAAUUAAAAGACGUAUUAACACAAUAAAACGUGAUUUAAUAUAUUGUUUAUUUUGU